GAGAGAGGCAACAGUGUGGACAGCAGACCUCUCCGCAUCUGUGUCUGUUUCAUUCACUGCGUUUACGCGUUUACUGGAGCUGACCUCGUUUGAAAGAGCUAACAAAGCUGACUUUACAUAGGAAGAACACAACCUGCUCCCUUUGCAGUUGAAUGGAAAUAACAGAGAAUCUGUGACCUUGGAAGAUGAAGAUGUUGUUGCCAUGGGAACUCUUAAUCCUGUUGUCACUCAAGAGCUGCCUAGCAGAAAAAAUUAUCCGACAUGGUCCAGUGUUUACCCAAGAGCCUAGUGACAGCGUUUUCCCUUUAAGUGCUGAAGACAACAAGAUAUUUAUCAACUGCAAAGCCAAGGGAAGUCCUGCACCUCUUUACAAGUGGAAAUUCAACAAGAAAGAUCUUGACAUUGACAUGGACAACAGCUACAGUCUUGUUGAGGGAAACCUAUUGAUCAGUAACCCACAGGCAAUGAAACACGGAGGAGUUUAUCAGUGUAUCUCCGCUAAUGCUUUUGGCACCGUCCUCAGCCGAGAGGCUAAAGUGGAAUUUGCGUAUCUGCAAAAUUUCAGCAGCAAAGCCAGAAGUCCAGUAUUAGUGAGGGAAGGACAAGCCGUGGUUCUCCUGUGUGGCCCACCACCCCAUUUUGGAGAAAUCAGGUACUCUUGGAUAUUUAAUGGGCGCCCCAGCAUUGUCGUCGGGGACAACCGACGCUUCGUGUCUCAGAGGACUGGGAACUUGUAUAUUGCUAAAGUGGAGACAUCGGACGUAGGCAACUACACAUGUGUGGUGAGGAACAUGAUGACCAACACAACCGUCUACAGCUCUCCAACUCCAGUCGUGCUACGUCGAGAUGCUGUGAUGGGGGAAUAUGAGCCGAAGAUUGAAGUCCAGUUUGAAAAAAAUCUCCACGUUGCCAAAGGAUCAUCCGUUAGACUGGAGUGUUUCGCAUUAGGAAAUCCAGUGCCUUCAAUCUCUUGGAGGAGAGCGGACGGAAGCCCCUUCCCAGGAAAGAUGAAGAUAAAUCACUCAAAUGGGGUUUUAGAGAUUCCCUAUUUCCGUCCGGAGGAUGCCGGACUUUAUGAAUGUGUGGCGGAAAAUGCAAAAGGACGCAGUGUUGCAAAAGGACGUCUUGUCUUUCAAAAUGUGGAGCACCUGCAGUGGUCACAGACACUCUUUGAUGCAAACAAGGCUAUUGAUGCAGAUCUUCGCUGGGAAUGCAAGGCUAAUGGAAAACCGCAGCCUGUUUACAGAUGGCUCAAGAAUGGACAUCCUUUAAUCUCUGAGGACAGAAUUCAUGUUGAUGGUGGCAGGUUAACCAUCUCUAACAUAGACCUGAUGGAUUCUGGGAUGUACCAGUGCUUGGCAGAAAAUGAGAAUGGCAUCAUAUAUGCUAGUGCUGAGCUCAAAGUUGUCGCGUCUCCUCCGGACUUCUCUAAAAACCCAUUGAGGAAGACCACGCUGAUCCAGAGAGGCGGAGAGGCUAUCAUCGAGUGCCGCCCACACGCAUCCCCCAGAGCUUCCUACUCCUGGAGAAAAGGCAGCGAGUUCCUGAAAGACGGCAAAAGGCGAACCAUCUUAGAGGACGGCACCCUGAGGAUCGCCAACGUUACCAAAUCCGAUGCAGGCCGGUACACUUGCGUGGCCAAAAACCCUUUCGGUACAUCCAGCAGUUCCGGCGCUUUAGUGGUCAAAGAACCAACCAAGAUAACUGUCCCUCCAUUAAGUAUGGAUGCCACAGUAGGGGAAAGUAUUGUCCUGCCAUGUGAAGUGUCUAAAGACUCAACUCUGCACCCCACAUUCAAAUGGUUCUUCAAUGGGAAACUCAUCGAUUUCAGCAGACACGAUCACUUCGGCAUGAUCGGAGGGGGAUCAUCUGGAGAUCUUAUGAUCAGAAACGUUCAGCUAAAGCACUCAGGAAAGUACGUCUGCAUGGUGCAUACAGCAGUAGACAGCGUCUCGGCCGCGGCAGACCUGAUCGUCCGAGGGCCCCCUGGUGCUCCGGUGGGUGUGUUGGUGGGGGACGUCACAGGCAGGAGUGCUCGGCUCUCAUGGGGCCCUGGACCUGACAACCACAGUCCUAUUACACUGUACAUCGUUCAAGCCAGGACCCCUUACUCGAUCGGCUGGCAGGCGGUCAAAACUGUUCCCGAUUCUGUGCCUGGACAGAUGAUUCACGCAACAGCGGUGGAUCUGAAUCCGUGGGUAGAUUAUGAAUUUCGAGUCGUGGCUAUCAACAGCGUUGGGGUGGGAGAACCCAGCGUGCCGUCCAAACCCAUUCGCACCAAAGCUGCAGAUCCCGAAGUCGCUCCGGCUAACGUAAGCGGAGGUGGAGGCAGCCGAGGUGAACUCGUGAUUGUUUGGGAGCCUGUGCCGGAAGAGCUCCAAAAUGGAGAAAAAUUUGGAUACAUUGUGGCGUUUCGUCCUCUCGGCACCUUGACGUGGAAACAAAGCGUACUGGCUCCGGCUGACGCAUCACGAUACGUUUAUAAAAACGAAAGUCUUCCACCACUCACUCGGUUUGAAGUCAAAGUCGGCGUCUACAACAGCGUUGGAGAAGGACCUUUUAGCCCAGCGGUUGUUGUAUAUUCAGCAGAUGAAGUACCCUCGGUAGCCCUUUCAAGAGUAUGGGUCCGCCCUCUAUCGGCAUCCGAAAUCGAGGUGUUUUGGAAGCCUAUCUAUCAAACCGGCAGCAAAGGGAAGAUAACAGGCUACGAGGUGCAGUGGUUGGAGGAAGGGUUACCAGAGAGCGAUGCUGAGAGAGUACGGGUCACAGAAAGCUCGGUCAACAUCACGGGUCUGAAGGGAAGCACUCUGUAUUUGGUGUCAGUCAGAGCACACAACAGCGCAGGGACAGGACCCUCCAGCGCCCCCAUCAAAAUUACUACCAAGAAGCCACCUCCAAGUCAACCUCCGGGGAACAUUGAGUGGAACCUGACAAACUCAAAAGUCUUUCUGAACUGGGAACAUGUGAAGGCGAUGGACAAUGAGUCGGAAGUAACCGGGUACAAGGUUGUGUAUCGUCAAAACUGGCACCGGGGAAGCAGUGUAGUGGAGACCAACAGGACGUCUGUGGAGCUUCAGUUGCCAUCGGGAGAGGACCUGCUUGUGCAGAUCAAAGCCCUGAGCGAUGGAGGAGACGGCAGUAGCAGCAGUCCUAUACUCAUACCAAAAAUGUCAAGUCUGAACUCAAAAGGUUACUUCAGGUCAGAUGCAAGCAAGAUGGCUCAUGUUCAUGCAGUAGUGUUUCUGAUCUUGUCCUGGAUGUUUUCAUAGAAAUCUGCCUUUACUUGGCUCUAACAAAACAACGAUUAGCUGGAUGUGGUUGUAUUUUUUUUUCUUUUUAAGGUGACUUUGCUCCAUUGCCUUACAUUGUGAAGUUUUUUUAACCGUUUUGUCAAACUAUUUGUCUUUUGUAUUUAGAUUUUAUGCAAAAAAAGCAGGUUUUGCCAUGUACUGUAGCUACUAAUUUUGUUUAGAUGAUCUGAAUUCAAAUCGUGGUCUAAAAUGUUGGAUAUCCAAAAUAAUUUUUGGGAUUCUUAUUUUAACGUUCAUGGAGUUUUUUCUUACAGACAGAAAAGUCGGGUAAGUCAAAGAGAAUGUGAUUGUGUAUAAAAGGCAAUUUAGUGCAUUAGUUAUGUGCAUUAGGUUGUUUAGUGACCGUUUGGUUUAUUACAGUACAUAGUUUCUAAUUGCACAGAUUUGUUUCUGCACUGAUCAUUUUGUUGUAUAAUUUUUUUUCUUAUAACCAGUUUUGAUAACAGAAGGAUAACGGGGACACUUUACAAUAAGGUUGUAUUUUUUUUACAUUUGUUUAUACAAAAACUAAGGUGAAUUAACAAUGAGCAAUAUCAUUUUGCAUUUAUUAUUCUUUGUUAAUGUUAGUUUAUGCAAAUACAAUUGUUCAUGUUAGUUCAUUGUGCGUUAACUAAUGUUAACUUUGCAAUUUAACAAAUUAUUAGUAAAUGCUAAAAUUAACAUGAACUUAGAUGAAUACAUGUAGUCUGUAAUGUAUUGCUCAGUUUUAGUUCAUGUUACACUGUAAAAAACAACAUGAUCUCACGGCAAGUAGUGUUAUAGUCACGGAAAAUUUGAUUAAUGACGACAUUCAGCUUUUUUCAUGUUACUCAGCACUUUCGUGUCCAUGGCACGACUUUCUUUUUCGUGUCAUUUUAUGUAUUCUCAUUUUUUUUCCUAUUUGUAAAUCAUUGAAGCUUUGGAUUAGAUUUGGGGUUUGGGUUAGGAUGUACUUUUUUGUAUUGGUUUCUACAUGUUUUUCUUCCGCUUUUAAAACUAUUCUUGCCUGGAUUUGGGGUUAGAGUUGGGGUUUGGGUAUGAAUGUCUGAAAAUGUAAAGUGAUUUUAACGCCAAUCCCAAGCGACAAUGGUAAGAAAAUAGGAAAAAAAACUAUAAAAAAUAGAUAAAAUGACAAGAAAGAGAAAGUCGUGCCACGGUCACGAAAAACUAUUUAUAAAAAUUUGUGCAAGUGACACGAAAAAAAAAACUGAAUUUCGUGCCAUGGACACAAAUAAAUUAAUACAAUUUUCUGUGACUAUAACAUGACUUUCCUUGAGAUCAGUCUUUGUAAAAAGGUAAAAGUUGGAUCAACUUACAAUAAGUUUUUUUUUUCAACUUAAAUUCUUACUUUAAGUAAAAAAUAUAAAAAGUUAUAAAAUGUAAUUUUAUUGUAUGUUAUUAACUGAAGUUUAUUAAUUAGAGCAGCUUUCACAUUUUACAGUGUAGCUUAUUCAUUAACUUAUGUUAACAAAUACAACCUUACUGUAAAGUGUUACCGAAUAAAUCUUGUUCUACAACUGUAUGAUUUUUUUAUGGACACCAAAUAAAAUGUUUGAUAAAUGAUGGUAAGCACACAGCUGAUUGUAACCAUUGACUUCCAUAGUAGGAUUCAGUGCUUACUAUCAUUUACUGUACACUGUAAAAAAAUCUGUAGAAAUUACAAUGUUAUUGCAGCUGGGUUGCCGGUAAUUUACCGUAGAUUUAAAUUUAUGUUAUUU